AUGACCGAAAUCAAAGAUAAUUAUUCGAAUAGUAAUGGAAAAAAUAAAGAAUUAGACCUUGAGAAUGGACAUCAAAUACAGAAGACCUUUGGAUCAGUGGGGAAUCUUAUAUUAGCUUUUAAAACUAUCGGUACAAUUUAUGGUGACAUUGGAACUUCGCCUUUGUAUGUAUUUACCAGCAUUUUUUCCGACCCCCCAACUGAUCCUAGAGACGUUUAUGGCACAUUAUCUUUAAUUAUAUGGUCUUUGAUGAUCGUGCCAUUUUUCAAGUAUGUUUUUAUUAUCUUGAGAGCCGAUGACAAUGGAGAAGGUGGUACAUUUGCUUUGUAUUCAUUAUUAAGCAGACACUCCGGGUUACCUAUUCGAAAAGGAAACAGCGAUGAUUUGAUAAUCGCGAAUCGUGAUCGUGAUUCUGUAUCUAGCCAUAGCGUUAAAGAACCAAAUAUUAUCAAAAGAAAUAAGCUCAUACAAAAAAUUUUACUCGUUUUUGUCUUGUUUGGAACUUCUUUGGUAUUGAGUGAUGGAUUGCUCACUCCCGCCAUAUCUGUAUUGUCUGCUGUCGAGGGUAUUGUGAUUCCCGCACCAAGUCUAAAAAGUUCUAUUGUUCCUAUUAGUUGUCUUUGGUUUAUAUCUCUUGCCUCUAUCGGAAUUUGGAAUAUAUCUCAUAACCCAUCUAUUUUAAAAGCCUUUAACCCAUAUUAUGCCUUUGAAUACUUUAUACGGAAUGGCUCUUCGAGUUAUCAUGUCCUUGGUGGUGUUCUCUUGGCCAUCACGGGAGUAGAAGCUUUGUUUGCUGAUUUAGGCCAUUUUAAUCGGAUUUCUAUUCAAAUCUCUUUCACACUUUUCGCUUUUCCAUCUCUAACCCUUGCAUACUUGGGUCAAGGUGCUCGUCUUGUAUUAGAUCCUUCAGUGAGUGCAAAUACAUUUUGGUUAACUUUACCGAGUACCGAUGGUCCUAUUUAUUGGAUCGUAUUUAUUUUGGCCACACUUGCUACCAUAAUUGCUUCUCAAGCUAUGAUUUUGGCUACUUUUUCACUGGUUCGUCAAGCCAUGCAACUGGAUUGUUUACCACUUUUAGAGGUCAAUUACAUUUUAUUGGGUUCUAUCUUGAUCAUUAUUAUAGCAUUCCAACACAGUGCCAAUCUUACUGUAGCCUACGGUGUGGCUGUCGCAAGUGUCAUGCUUAUCUCAACGAUACUCUAUGCUAUUGUAAUUUGCGUCGUCUUUAAUCUUCCAGUUAUCGUUGCUAUAGUCUUCCUUUUGAUAUUUGGUUUUAUCGAUGGUGCAUUUUUGGGUUCAACACUAUUAAAGGUCAAAUCAGGAGGCUGGUUUACCUUAUUUAUUGCUAUUUUUUUGUUGUUUGUAAUGCUGAUAUGGCGAUGGGGCACUACUCUCAAACUGAAAUAUGAACUUAGAAACAAGACAAGACUCGAUGAUAUAUUUGCCAGUAACUGUCCAGAACAAGAAGCACAAGAAUCCGAUAGCGAAGAUAGUGAUGAAAUUUUACCAACAAUUGGACAAAAAUCUAAAAACAUUCAACUUCGACUUUUAGGCACAGGUUUCCCCGUCAAUCGUCUUCCUGGGAUAGGUUUGUUUUAUAAAGAAGCUGGAAUGGGAGUCCCUUUGAGCUUUUGUCAUUUUAUUCGUCAUUUCCCAGCUGUUCCGGAGAUUCUUAUAUUUAUUACAAUUCGUCCAAUUCCUGUUCCUUUGGUGGGUGAAGAAGAUCGAUUAGUUGUAAAAAAAGUUGGUCAUUAUGAAAAGGUCUACCAGGUAAUUGGAAGAUAUGGUUAUACGGAAAAUAUUUAUCAAGGAGAAGAAUUUAUGAAGAAAUUGAUUACUGCAAUAUGUGAAAUUGAUCCUAAAGCGGAAACCAUAUUAGAAAAUCUCGAAAAUGAAGUUGUCACAUAUAUAAUUGGGCAUCAAAAGCUUGUAGCGAAAUCAAAUUCUCGUUGGUGGAAACGAGCUUUUUUAGAAACAUAUUCAUUUCUUGUAAAAAAUUCGAGACAAAUUUAUGCAAACUGGGAAAUCCCAGCUGAUGACAUUAUUGAAGUUGGCAUAAAAAUUGCUGUUUAA